GGGUGGUUUGGGUUUUUCUGGGCUGAAUCUUGGUGUUUUGGAGGUUUUUAUGGACACAGGAUGCCCGAUGUGUUCUAGAGAUGGACUUGGGCAGGAGGAACCCCCAAGCCAACAAGCUCAGCCCUUGUUUUCCCCCCAUCAGGAUUUGUCCUUCCCAAAGCUUGGGCGGAUGGAGGAGGAGGCUGCGAGGAAGAUGCCUUGGGCCCCCCAGGCAGGUGAGGAGGAAGUCAGUGUCCCUUUGGGCAGGUGUUGUGCUGGCUCUGUCAGCCGAGCAUGGCCCCGGCUGCAGGACAACCCCGCUGGCGCCGCCGUCCUGCCGGGGCCGGAGUUGGGGGGAUGUCCUUGGCCUUCCCUGUGGGCCGGAGGCAAAUCCCCUGCCUGUCCUUCUUGCUUCCUGCCCCAGGCCCCGAGCUGAGGACGGAGAGCCCGGAGGACAAAUCCCCCCGUGAGACCCUGGUGGGAGAGGCCGUUUUGAAGGGCUCCCCGGCGCAGGAAGGCAGCGGGGAGGAAAAGGGCCGGAGAUCCCCCCGCAGGAGGUUCUCCAAAGCCAUCCCAGGGUGCUCUGAGGAGGAAAGAGCCAGCCUGUGCCGGGAAGGCAGCCGGAGCUUGAGGGGGAGCUCUGAGCUGGUGGUCCCUGAGCAGCCUUCCAGCAGGCAGAAGCCCUUCAGGUGUUUGGAAUGUGGGAAGAGCUUCAGGAAGAGCUCCGACCUCCUCAAGCACCAUCACAUCCACAGUGGGGAACGGCCCUACCUGUGUGGGGAAUGUGGGAAGUGUUUCAGGAACAGCUCCAACCUCCGCAGACACCAGCGCAUCCACAGUGGGGAACGGCCCUACAUGUGUGGGGAAUGUGGGAAGAGCUUCAGUGACUUAUCCACGCUCCGCAAACACCAGGUGAUCCACACUGGGGUGCGGCCCUACACGUGUAGGGAAUGUGGGAAGAGCUUUAGGGACAGCUCAAAGCUCCUCACCCACCAGCACAUCCACACUGGGGAACGGCCCUACAUAUGUGGGGAAUGUGGGAAGAGCUUCAGGGAGAGCUCCAGCCUGAUCCGACACCAGCUUAUCCAUACUGGGGAACGACCCUACAAGUGCUUGGAAUGUGGGAAGAGGUUUCAGACCAGCUCAGAUUUCCUCGUGCACUAGCGGACGCACACGGAUGAGAGGCCCUUCCGCU